AUGCCUAGCUACUCACCCAUUGCAAUAAUCGGAGCAGGCCCCAGCGGUCUGACUCUCGCCCGGCUACUCGAGAUCAACAACAUCGAUUACAUGGUCUACGAGCGUGAUGAAAGCCCAGAACCUAAGUUCAUCAACCAAGGAGGAACUCUUGACAUCCACGCCUCCUCGGGCCAAGUCGCUCUUAAAGAGGCUCGGUUGUUCGACGAGUUCAAGAGCAUUGCUCGAUGGGAUGCUUCGCGUGUCUUUAUGCAGAACCCGUCAGGUACCGUCACGGCUGUCUUUGGAGAUGAACGCGAUGCACCUGAGAUCGAUAGGCUGCAACUUCGCAAAUUGUUGCUUGACUCUAUCCCGACUGGCAAGAUUCGUUGGGGUCACCGUGUAAAGUCUAUUGAGAGAGGAGAUACAGCUUCUGAGCAUGUUAUUUCUUUUGUCAAUAGUGCCUCUGCUUCUGGCUUUCGUGCUAUCGUUGGCGCAGAUGGAGCGUGGAGCAAAGUGCGCCCGCUGCUUACUUCGGCGAAACCGGAGUACUCUGGCAAAGUCUUCAUAGAGGGCAGCAUAUCUCACAACAAUCCAAGCUACACCGCCGCACUGGAACACGCAGGGCCAGGGAACAUGCUCGCAAUGGGACAGCACAAGAUCAUGGCCGUUCAGCAGCUAGCCGACUGUUCCUAUCGAUUCUACAUGGGCCUGGAUGCGCCGGAAGAGCUCUAUCGAAGACCUCUGGGCCAUGAAGAUACAGAGGACAUUCGUCAGAAAUUCCUGUCUUCACCAGAGUUCUUCGCAAAUUGGGCUCCGAACCUGAAGGAAUAUCUGGCCAAUGCUGAAGGGCCAUUCCAUGCAUGGCCUUUGUAUCGCUUGCCUGUUUCAUCCGUAUGUUGGAAACGAGUCCCUGGCCUUACUCUUCUGGGAGAUGCUGCUCAUCUUGCAACCCCGCUAGUGGGCGAAGGAGUCAACAUGGCGAUGUUAGAUGCUCUCAUGCUGGUGAAGGCGAUAGUCAAGUACUGUAAGCAAGCUGGUGGUGCAGAUAUUCAGGAAGGUCAACUGGAAAAUGCCUUGAAGGAAUACGAGCGGGAGAUGUUUGUACGUGGGCAGGACUAUAUAAGACGCUGCAUGGCACGCGAAGUGGAGUUCUUUUCGGAGAAUACGGCUGAGGACUUCAUCAACAUGAUCAAUGGAGCGGUGGAUGAUGGACAAGCAGAUGCCAGAUGA